AUGCAGCUUCUUCCCGCCCUCCUCCUCUUCAGCACAGCCUUCGCCUCGCCCAUCGCCCGGCGCCAGGACGACGAGCCCACCUGCGGCCAGAAGUCGGCAAAGAUUACCGGAUGGACGCUGACGGGCUUCGACUACCACGCCAGCUACAUCUUCAGCACCCCCGCGCACCAGAACUCGUGGGGCUACGUCAGCUUCAACGUCUCCAACCCGGCCCUCGACUACAACGUCACCUGCGGCGCCGCCAGCAAUCGCCUCAACGACUUCUUCUACGGCGAGCAGGUCUAUACCUGCAGCCCGCCCGACGGCGAGAGCGCCGCGACCUCCUUCACCUGGAGCUACCCGGACCGCGCCCUCGCGUUGAACCAGUCGUGGACCUGCAAUGACGACCCCAAGUACCCGGCCCGUUACACGGCAAAGGGCGACGCGGUCGCCGAUCUCAAGUGCGAGGAGACGUCCUGGGAGAACAACAAUUGGACCAUCGGCGAGAUCUACUCCCAGCGCAACAUCAAGUGCGACAUCAUCACGCUGCCGACGCCCAUCAAGGAGAUCUAUGGCGUUGCCUAA